UUUAAAAUCACACGAGGCGAGCGUGACUUUUGCCAUGAAAACAUUUGAUGACUUUGCGGCGUCUUUGGGCCUCGGCGGCGCCGAAAUAGCUCCGCCUCUACCAGAGGGGCGGUGUGUACAUGGCGUGUAUUAUGACAUCACUGCGGCGAGGGAGCGCUGAAAAACAGUGGGCUCAAACGAUGAAGGCGGUCCGUAACGUUGCGGUCCGACAGUUUUGGAGGCUGAGGGGGGCGCCGGAGGACUGCGGUGAUAGGGCGGUAAUAGUGUGGCGAUAACGUACUAGGAACAGGGUGCGGGGGGGCACAGCCAGCCAUUGCAAGGUCCCGUCACCAUCGAGCGGGUGGGUGGGCUUGGACGUUAUCAGUAUGUUGCAGAGGGUCACAUGACCGCUGACUUUAAUUGCUGCUGCAGCCGCACAAAGAGCGCCGCCUUUAUCAGCAAACCGCACGCUUUUUAAAAAGCACAAAUCCACCUGUCAUCUGAUUGGACCGCAUAAACUCUUUCUACCAAAAACUCUUCCAGUGUCCCUGCCCAAGGGCCCUCAGCCAGGACCAGGACAUGUGAGCGGCGUCCCGUGAAGAGUAGCGAUCAGCGACUUUCAGCUGCUGAGGAACUCAUCUGCUGUCAGGACCGGUCUGGAUCAGGAAGUGAAUCCGAGGACCAGCCAUGCUAUCCACCGCCGUGCAGAUCCUGGCAUUUGGCCUGGCUGUACUGGGCGUGGUGGGUGCCACCGUGGCCACGCUGCUUCCCAACUGGCAGGUGAGCAUCAAGGUGUGGUCCAGCAUGGUGGCCCCCAUGUGGCACACACGGGGGCUGUGGAUGGACUGCGUGUGGUACAGCGCCGGAGUCUUCAGCUGCACCAUGAAGAACUCCCUCCUGUCCCUGCCCCCUUACCUGCAGACCACCCGGGCCGCCAUGGUCCUGUCUUGUAUUGUGGCGGCCUUUGGACUGUGCCUGGCCUCUCUGGGCCUCAAGUGCACUCGCUGGGGAGGCAGCCACCAGGCCAAGGGGCACACGGCCAUCGCUGCGGGGGCCUGCUUCAUCCUGGCCAGUGCACUCUGCAUAGGCCCCGCCUCCUGGUUCACCUCGGAGGUUGUUGCCGCCUUUCUGAGCACCGAUUUGCCCGACGGCAGCAAAUACCAGCCGGGGGGGGCGCUCUGCGUCACCUUUGUCUCUGCCGGCUUCCUUCUGGCUGGGGGGGUUAUCUUCUGCCUCUCCUGUCCGGGGCAUGGGUCGGUCCAGCUGGACUACCCGUCCCCUGUGGACCCAGACAGAUUUAUUCUGACCCGAGAGAAGCGGCGCCGUCCAAAAACAGCUGACAUGACAGACAUGACAGCACAGAAGAAGACCUACGUCUUUCUCUCCAAAGUGUCUCCCAAAGAUCUGAAGGACAGUUACACCCUGCAGGAGUACGUCUGACAAACACCAAAGUCCUCCGGGAUUUUCAUGUUUUUUUUUUUAUGAAAGAGACAAAAAGCUGUGUGACACGAUGAAAGUUGUCUUCUAUUCAGUCCUGACAUGACAACAAUCCUGAAAGCCAUCCCGAUCCCACAGCCUGCACAUCCACGUCCACUCCGUCUUUUCCUGAAGGCCCGGGAGGACACCAGCGAGGCGGCGCAGCGUGGAGGACGUUAAUGAUGCUAUUUGCUUUCCAUUAUCUUCCGACACGCCUCUGUGCACUCACACACAAACACACACACACACACACACACACACACACACACACACACACACACACACACACACACACACACACACACGCACGCACACACCCACACACACACACGCACGCACACACCCACACAUAUGAGCAUCAGUGAAGGUUCCAGAGGACGUCUGAAUGGGUGUUUUUUUUCAGCUGGGCAGUCAAUCACGCCGUCUCUCAGGAAACGACAAUUUCAAAGCUAAUCUUUUACUUUCGUGUUUGCCUCGUGCAGAUAUUUCACGCAAAUGUUCAAACAUGUUUAAAGAUGAAAGAAAAAUCUUGUUGAUCAAAUGGUAAAUGGUAAAUGGGUUGUACUUGUAUAGCGCUUUUCUACCCCUUUUUAAGGAGCCCAAAGCGCUUUGAGAGUUUCAAUUUAACAAUGAAAACGAAUGUGCUUCCUCUUUGAAUUGAAUUGAAUUGGUGUCUGUCUAUCUGUGUUGGCCCUGCGAUGAGGUGGCGACUUGUCCAGGGUGUACCCCGCCUUCCGCCCGAUUGUAGCUAACAUUUAACAUGAUCAAUAUAAUACAAGAACAACACUAUACAAACAAAAACAAGAACAACUCCUGUACACUAACAAUAUGAUAGUACCACUGUUACUAUGAGACAAGACAAAACGAGACAAAAAAAUGUAAAGUCAUUAUGUUGUGCAAUGUCAACGACCGGCUUUAAAACACUGAAAACUGCUGACGUCAUAGUUCAGCAAAAAGAUGGCAAAUAAAUUAUUGUGAAUUAUAUUUUAUAUAGCACUUUUCUCUAGUGACUCAAAGCACUAUACAGAGUGAAACCCAAUAUAUAUUUUUUACUUUUAAACCAGUGUGGUUGGUACUGGGAGCAGAUGGGUAAAGUGUCUUGCCCAAGGACACAAUAGCAGUGACUAGGGGAUCGAACCUGUAAUCCUCAAGUUGCUGGCACGGCCGCGCUACCAACUCAGCUAUACCUCUCUUCCAUGAGGAAUACUUUCCUCCAGUUGAAACUCAAGCUGGGUGCUGCCCUCUGCAGGUAAGAUACAGUCACUACGUCCAUAAAACAAUACAAAACAAGAUGUUUCAUAUCAUUAGAAUGACUGUGUGUUUGUGUUUUAAUGAUGAGAUGAAGCUUUCAUCAUGUUUGAAUAAGUGGGUUGCAAUCACGUGACCGAGACAAACAUCUGGGCACUUCUUGGUUUCAGGCGAUGCUCGAGAGCCCAUUAGGCCUCUGUUUAUUUACCUGGAUCAGUGCGAUUUGGGCGUAUUUUGAAAGGUUGAGAGGCAAAUAUAUAAGCGAUCAUGAAAAAAAAAAAUUCAAUAAAUGGAAUUAAGCAAUAAUCAGUGAAAGAUGAUGUUGGACUUAUUCGUGCAUCGCUAGGUAACAUAUUUAAUUGACAUAAGUGAAGUGAAUAAUAUUUAUAAAGCGCUUUUCUCUAGUGACUCAACGCACUUUACAUAGUGACACCCAAUAUCCAAAUUACAUUUUUAAACCAGUGUGGGUGGCACUGGGAGCAGGUGGGUAAAGUGCCUUGCCCAAGGACACAACGGCAGUGACUAGGAUGGCGGAAGCGGGGAUUGAACCUGCAACCCUCAAGUUGCUGGCCCGGCCACUCUUCCAUACGAGCUAUAACGCCCCAGUUGCACGCUGCUGCAUAUGAGAAAAAGGAUAUGUUUUCUUUGCAUUUGAUUUCCUGCUACAAAUAAUAGUCUGACAUCUGCGAUUCAUUGAUGCAGUUUUUUUUAAUGGUGUGAGGUUCAUAUUUUGUCGCAUUAUUUAGCUAUAGAUGUCACUAGUGUUCAGCAAUAUUUGCUAGCGAUCUGAAGAUACACCUUCCGGACAUGAACUAACUCCUGAUUUUAUUUUGUUAAGAGGAUGGAUGGAUGGAGUUACAAAGAGACAGUUUUUGCCCUUUUUGAAUAUUAAUAUGAUGUUGUUCCCCUAGCACAGGGGUGUCAAACAUACGGCCCGUGGGCCGGAUCAGGCCCCCCAACAGGUUUUAUCAGGCCCGCAUGAUGAGUUUGCCAAGUAUUAAAAUAAGUUGCUUUUUUUUUUUAUGAAACUGCUGUUCUGAAUGUGUCCACUGGGUGUCACAAUAGCAAUUCUGUUUGGACCACCAAGAGGUACAAAGUAAAGAGUGGAAACUUAAAA